UUAAGUGAAAGGAGUAUCAAGUACAAGCGUUAGGUUAACAAAUUGGGGUCCUCCUGGUUUUCUCCAAUUCAGCGAAGCGGGACUCAAUCAGCGACUGUUCUUUACCACUCUCAAAUGCACGCUUGAAACUACUGGAAUUCUCUUCCUUCUGUACUUCUUCCUAGCCCUUUGAAUCCAUGCAAUAAAACAGAUUUCCUCAUUUUUGGACAUGUCUGCUUCAUUGACGCCUUCCAAGAGGCCACAUGAACGAACUCUGACAGAGCCAAACGGGAAAGGGAAGUGGCAAAAGUCAACAGGCUCAUAUUCACACAAUCAACCUUUGAAACUCUCACCUAAUGGUGCUGUUUUUCGUGUGCUAUGCCCCGCUUCCAAAAUUGGUAGUGUCAUUGGAAAAGCUGGCUCUAUCAUAUCAGAAAUUCGGCAAGAAACUGGUGCAAAAGUCAAAGUGGAGGAAAUUGUCUCUGGUUGUGAAGAGAGAGUUAUUGUCAUAACAAGUUCUGAAAGAGGGAAUGAUAUCAAUGCUGAGCAGAGUAAGGAUGGUAGUGAAGAGGCAAAUGUGGAUGAAAAGCAUGACGAGCCAAAGGAACAAAGGAACAGUGAAGAUAUGGGAUCUUUACCUGUGGAACAUUUAAAAUCAGAAUAUGAAGCUCCACCAGCACAGAAGGCUUUGCUGCUUACUUUUGACAGAAUGGUUGAAGGAGAACCAGAUACAGAUGGAGGUGAUGAAGAAGGUAACAAGUCUUUAAGUUGUAUUUUGAGGUUGCUGGUGCUUUCAACUCAAGUGGGAUGCCUUUUGGGAAAGGGUGGCAGUGUGAUCAAACAGAUGUCAUCUGAAAGCGGGGCACAAAUUCGAAUUCUUCCCAGGGACAAACUCCCUCCAUGUGCAUCAGCUUCUGAUGAAUUAGUUCAGAUUACAGGGGAAGUUGAUGCAGUUAGGAAAGCUCUUCAAUCUGUUUCUCAGCAGCUUUUGGAGAAUUCCCCUCGUGAUCAAGAUUCUUCUACCAUUCCUACAGGAUCAUCGAAUCAAUCAUAUGGUCGGCUAGAAGGCCCACCACCCAACCGUUCCUUUAUUUCUCAAGGAGCACCAUAUGCUGAUGGGCCCCAUGAUGUUGCUGAUUAUCAUUCUGCUGGUCCCCCGCUCAUCCCUAAAUUUCAUGAUGGUGGUUUCCCUGGUCGAAUGAAGCCUUCUCAAGAUAUUCUCACCUUUCGUUUGUUGUGCCAUGAUGAAAGAGUGGGAGGGGUAAUUGGAAAGGGAGGUCAAAUAAUAAAGACACUUCAGAUGGACACAGGAUGUGAGAUUAAAGUUACGGAAGGUGUGCCUGAUUCAGAGGACCGUGUUAUUAUUGUUUCUGGUCCUGCGCACCCAGAUGAAAGGAUAUCAGCUGUACAAGAUGCUGUUCUUCGCGUGCAGAAUAGAAUAAUGAGGGCUCUACCUGAUAACAAAGAUCAGACUGUGAUGGCAAGGCUUCUGGUUUCAUCCAAUCAGAUUGGUUGUCUCCUUGGCAAGGGAGGUUCCAUCAUAGCUGAGAUGAGGAAGUUAUCUCGGGCACAUAUCCGUAUAUUGGGAAAGGAUCAAAUUCCAAAAUGUGCUUCAGAAGAUGAAGAAGUAGUUCUGAUAAAUGGAGAAUUCGAAGCUGUUCAAGAUGCUCUGUUGCAGAUCACCAGUAGGUUGAGGCAUCAUUUUUUCCGUGAUAUGUUUCCUUCUAUUAAUUACCCUCCGAAUCCUGCCUUUCUGGAUCAACCUCCAUUCCCGUCAUAUCUAGGAAGGAGGGAACUCUCACCUCCAGGAAUGUAUCCAAAUUAUGGUCCACCAUUUCAUAAGUUCGAUGGUGUUGGUGGUCUGCCUCCACAUGGUGGUUUUCAUCCCCGUGAUGAACGUGCCCCUUUUAUGCACAAUAUGCAUAGAUUUGGUGGUCCCAGACAUCUUUCUGAAAGGAAACCUUGGGGUCCUCAGGGGCUUCUUGAAGGUGGUGGUCCAAUGGGAUUGCAAGAGUAUGGUGGAAACCCUCAAAGAAGGAUUGCAGGCUUUGGAGGAGGAAACCAACCAGCUAUUAUUACCAGCACCACUGUUGAAGUUGUUGUUCCUCGUUCCAUUGUUCCUGUAAUAUAUGGAGAAGAUGGUGAAUGUUUAAAACAAAUUCGUGAGAUUUCAGAUGCAAAAAUUACCAUCACUGAGCCUAAGCCCGGAGCAGCAGAAACUGUUAUCAUAAUAUCUGGAACUCCCGAACAAACCCAUGCUGCGCAAAGUCUAAUUCAAGCAUUUGUGAUUAGCGAGGCUGAGUCCACUUGAUUCUUUUAUUCAGGUUUUCAAAUUAAAAUCUGAUACAAAUGUAAGGAGUUAAAAACAGCAAUUGGCGAGACUCACAAUGGGAGGAAGAAAUGAGAGUGAAAGAGAAAGGAAGAGGAGGAAGAAAAGCAGACUCUUUCUCUCUUGCACCCCUGUCAAUUUCCUAGUGAGUUAUCCCUCAUUGAUAUCAAAUUUUAAUUUGAAUGUCUGAGAGUUCUAGAACUGGACGUGAAUUUGAGGGCUCCAAAUAUGGUCAACUGUAUAAUUAUUACUGGUUGGACUCGCAAGUGCAGAUAAAUUUUUCAAAUUAUAGUUCAUGCUUAUGGUUUUGUCAUAGUUAAAGCAAUUUUGAUAUUUAGCAUCCAAAUUAUUGGUAUGUAUUCAUUUGCAAUGGAUUGAAACAUGCGAUAAUGCAGCAUGAAGAUAAUUGUUUAGUGAACUAAAUAAAAGGUACUUCCGCAGAUAAUGAAAGUGUUAAUUAUUAUUAAA